AUGGCGAAAUUAAGCGACUUGCCUGCCGAACUAGUUUAUCGAAUCAUAGAUUAUAUCCUCCCUCGCGAUGAUCCGGAUCCUGCGCACUCGGAGGACCGACCUAUCGAUCGCGAUGAUCAUCAUCUGCUCGACCACAACGGAAUCGGGCCAAACGUACCAAGACCAAGACCUCAUCUAGAGCGACUUAGUCGUAAUCCUACUCCACGGUCUCUUUAUCAUGACUUUCGAGCUGUUGCAGCUUCACAACCAUACGCUUCUUGGCCAAGAGGUCUUCCAUCCAAUCCUCUCUUGCCACUCUCUCUAGUCAACCGUACCUUCCAAAGAUGUGCUCAGGAGAUACUUUUCAAAAAUGUACCGCUAUUGAGCAGAUGGAGGGCAAUCAAAUUCCUCGAGACACUAACCUGCCAAUCAAUACAACAUCCAUCCACUAGUCGCCGGUGCAAUCGAAAACGAGCGAAGAAUGUCCAAGAUGAGAACGUCAGGAUGCUCCAAUUGUUAAAGAUUGAUUAUUCUUUUCAGAGUAGUCUAGCUGGCCAUGUUCGCUCCUUGCAACUUAUUUGUAACGGCAUGUUCUCAAUGGCCAAGGGCAGUGGCCAAUUAUUCUGUGGCAUUAUCCAUAGCUGUCCCUUACUAGAGCAUAUUGCCAUCAGCACUGCGGUCUCGAUGGACUGCAAGGAGCUCAUCUUGGAGGCCCUAUCGAGCCGACGACGCAUCAAAGAGUUUGUUAUUCUUGACAACUUUGAUAAUGACAGUCAUUCGAUGUUCCAGUGGAAUGUCGAUGACGUCGUCUGUCGAUUAUUCUCUCAAUGGGACUACCUCGAGACUGUAGAGUUGAGUGGGCUCAGGGGUCCGUCGGGCCCGAUGAUCGGGACGAUUGAGAUGCCGAUACCCAUCCUGAAUUGCGCCGUCCGAACGAUGAUCCUUCAUAACCCUGAGUUGGACGAGCAAGAGCUUUCGAUACUUCUACAGACCUUUGCAGGGAGCAUGCGGACGCUCGAGUUGAACAGUCCAGGCCACAAGAUAAACCGAGCGGGCUUGUGUCGGAUCCUGAAUGAAUGCACGAAUGCGGAGCUGGAAUGCUUGACGCUCGACUGGUCUCACUACGAACAACCGAUCUCUCCUGUCCCGGAUGCUACCAAUUCUGACGACCCGAUGACCAUCGAUGGCCUACUAGAUAUCCUCUUCAAGUCUCCCUCCGCCCUUCAAAAUCUCAAGUCUCUAUCCUUCACCGGCACCCUCGCUACUCACGCUUUAUUCGAACGCUUACCUGAUUCAAUCGUCAAACUUGCUUGGGAAACUGCGAUAUUUCUCCGACCGCGCUCAUUAACAUACUCUCAAGUACAAGAAAUGACAACAAACUCUUACCGAAUCUUAAGUGCUGUUCAGUCCGAAGUGGUUACGAAUGGGACAUAGACGCGGAAGAAGCGGUGAAAAGAGCGUUAAACGCACGAGGGGCAUGUUUCCACAUGGAUGUUAAUCCGUAUUAUGGAGGAUGAGAGGAUGGAAGUAGAAGAAUAGAUGGAUCACUGUUUCAUGGAUCACUGUGUUUCAGAUAAAUCUGUGGUAUCUUAAAUUUUUCAAACAGUCGUGAUACUGAUGGUGAAGUAAAAUGAAGUUCUUAAAAGGCCCC